AUGGACAAAUACGAAAUCAUUAAAAAGAUUGGAGAGGGCUCUUUUGGCAAAAUAUUCUUGGCAAAAGGAAAAGUGGAUAAUGAGCAGUGUGUUAUCAAAGAGAUCAAUCUAACUAAGAUGCCUGUGAAGGAGAAAGAAGCCUCUCAGAAAGAAGUUAUUCUUCUGGCCAAGAUGAAGCAUGCAAAUAUCGUAACUUUCUAUGCUUCUUUGCAAGAAAAGAACAAGCUAUAUAUUGUGAUGGAAUACUGCGAUGGUGGAGAUUUAAUGAAGCGGAUAAAUAUGCAGCAUGGAGUGCUGUUUGACGAGGACCAGAUUCUGAGUUGGUUUGUGCAGAUCUCCUUGGGCUUGAAGCAUAUUCAUGACAAGAAGGUUUUACACAGAGAUGUAAAAGCACAGAACAUUUUUCUUAGCAAUAAUGGAAAGGUAGCAAAGCUUGGGGACUUUGGCAUAGCAAGACAGUUGAACAGCACAAUGGAGCUUGCCCAUACCUGUGUAGGCACCCCCUAUUAUCUGUCACCUGAGAUCUGCGAAAAUCGACCAUAUAACAACAAAACAGAUAUUUGGUCUCUUGGCUGUGUGCUUUAUGAGUUAUGUGCACUAAAGCAUCCUUUUGAAGGCAAUAGUUUGCACCAGCUGGUGCUGAAGAUCUGCAGAGGACAUUUUCACCCAGUGUCUCCCAACUAUUCAUAUGACCUGAGGAUAUUAAUUUCUCAGUUGUUUAAAAUAUCUCCGAGAGACCGACCGUCUAUCAACUCUAUUCUAAGGAAGCCCUUCUUGCAGAAGCUUGUUCUCAAAUAUUUGCCCCCCGAGGAAGAACUCAGUCACACUGUGAUACAUACAAAAAGGCCUUCAGCAUCACAGCCUGGAGCCAAGAUGAUGCAAGCACAUAAACUUCAAAAAAGAAGAGUCCAAGACCAAGUUUCUCCGGAAUCUGGAAUCAUGGUGCCUGUCAAGAAACAGGAAUUAUUUCAAAGAACUGAAUGGAAACUUCCUUCAAGAGGGCAACAGCCUAUUUUUCAGCCACAAAGCUCCAGAUUUAAGAUGGGAGAAAGGCCAGAAAGUAUCAGAGUACAUGGCCGUUAUGGUCAUUACUAUGAUAAGCUUGACAGCUUGCAGAGGAAAGCUAAUGCAUGUUAUGACCUUUCUUACAUCAGCCAAAGAGUUGAGGAAUACCACAAAGGACAAGAUGUACCUCCACCCCCACCACUAAGCUGGGCUGCAGAAUACCUUCAAAGGCGGUUUGAAGCCCAACAGUACAAGAUUAAAGUGGAAAAACAGCUGGGACUGCGACCAUCCUCUGCUGACGCUUAUCAUGACCAAAUACAGCAGCAGAAAACAAAGGAAGAGCAUCUCAAAAAUCAUCAGCAGGCUUUGUCUGGAAAGAAUGAAAUGAAAGAACAGGAGUACCUGAAACAAUUGCAGAAAAUUCGUGAAGAAUACCACAACAAUAUAAAAGAAUUCAGAUUUAGAGCAGGAGUAGUCCAGGAGAGUCAAAAAGUACAAGAUAAAACCUACCUUGUGAGGCAAGGGAAAGCUGAAGACCACUCUGAAACCAAAGAUGCCGCUGGAACAAGAGAAGAAUCACUUCAGGACAUGGAAGAAAGCUUUAAACGAGUCAGACUCCAGGAUAGGCAAGACCAAAAAAUCUUAGAAAAGAAACAUAACACAAAGGGAGGAAUAAAGUUUGAAAUUAAUUUAGAUGUUUGUGUUCCUGAAGAAGACAGCAUUCAAGAAGCAGAGGUGCUAGAUAAACUCAGUGAGGCUUUAACUUUUGUGGAUGGUGAGAAUCUUAAGGAGAAAUUUGUGGAAGUUUAUGAAGAUCAUAUGGACAGAGCUUUGGAAGAACUGUCUGUACACCAAACAGAGUCCAAUGACACAGAUGAUACAAAAGAAAACAGAAAACAUUGGCAAGCUGGAGCACCUCAGACACUACUGAAUUUUUUAGCUGAUGCUGAUGUCACAUCUGUAUCUCCUACUAUGGCUGAAAACGAACUUGCUGACCGUGCUCUUCUGCCUGAAGACAUCCCAGAAAACAGGAAGCAGUGGAAGCAAACACCACCAGGGACACUCCUGAACUUCUUAGCAAAAGCAGAGCUGUCUAAUGAUUCCUUCAUCCGUCUUGAGGAAGAAAUAGAAAAGAAGGAAGAUUAUGCAGAAACUUACUCUGCUGUUGCUGUUGAUGAAGGCACACUUGAGCCAAGAUCAGAUGAUGAAGACACAAACUUUGAAGAUUCUGAAGAUGACCUAGAGGAGCUAGCAGAAUCUCUGGAAAAAGUGGCAACUUCUCCAGCAGAAAGAACCGUGGAGUCUCACAUCCUUUCAAUAAAUAAAGGUCAAACAGAUGAAGAAAAGAUGAGUUUACCUAGCGAACUACUUGGACAAUCUGAUGAUGAUUUAGAAGAUAACCAUGAGUCAUCUAGCGUUGACACACAUGAUGAAAAAGGCAAGCAGGAAGCAAGAGCUACUUAG